AUGCUACCGCCUUUCGAUUACUUCACGUAUCGGCGCGUGCGCACCCUCAAACGCAACGAACGCGCCGCCCGCUUCGCCUCUCUCCCGGCACACUACCACGCCGCUUUCACAAGCCACGACAGAUCCCUCCUCAACCAACCCAUUGAGGACCUUGUUCGCUCGGUGCAAGAUCGUUCGCUCAGCGCCGUCGACGUUCUCCACACGUACGGGAAAGUCGCUGUCCAAGCGCACGAGAAAACAAAUUGCAUCACGGAGCUGCUCCUCCCGGAGGCUGAGACCUGGGUGGAGUCGGAAAUCAACCUGCAGGGUCCGCUAGCCGGUGUGCCCAUCUCUCUGAAGGAUUCGGUGCAAGUGAAGGGCUUCGACACCUCCCUUGGGUAUACGAAGCUAGCGGGGAAACCGUAUGCCGAGGAUGGAGUCAUGGUGAAGUUGUUGAAGGAUGCGGGGGCUGUACCAUACGCCAAGACAGCUCUCCCGAUCACUCUCCUCUCUUUUGAGUCGGCCAAUGCGCUAUGGGGCGCUUGUCGCAACCCCCAUGUCCCCGAGUACUCUCCCGGUGGGUCGACAGGCGGAGAGGCCGCGUUGCUGGCGCUUGGGGGUCGCAUUGGCAUCGGAUCGGAUGUGGCAGGGUCGGUGCGGGUGCCUGCAGCGUGGAGUGGAAUUUACUCGCUGCGAUGCAGUACGGGACGGUGGCCCAAGGUCGGCGUGAACACGAGUAUGGCGGGCCAGGAGGGCGUGGCGAGCGUGUUCAGUCCCAUGGCGAGGACGUUGAACGACUUGACGUAUUUUACCAAGGCGAUCGUGGGGAUGGAGCCGUGGAGGUAUGACUAUACGGUGCACCCAAUCGCGUGGCGGGAGGAGCAGGAAAGGGAAGCGAAAGGCAAGAAGUUGCGGAUCGGGUUAAUGACCAGCGAUGGGGUGAUCCCUCCUACUCCGGCCAUUGAACGCGCCGUGUCCACCACCGUGGCAGCUCUGACCGCGGCCGGCCAUACUGUCUCAGAGAUCACACCUCCAGCGACCGCGGACCCCUUCACGGGACUGAAUCUGGCCUCGCAGCUGCUCAACUCCGAUGGCUGUGUCACCUUCAACUCGCACCGUCACAGCUUCGAGCCCUCCGACCCCGGCGCUGACCAACUAACCCUGAUUGCGAAACUCCCUCGCUUCCUGCGCUACCUGUACUCUCUCUACGUGCAAUACAUCCGACGCGACCCGGCCUGGGCGACACUGAUCCGCGCCUUCAGCCCCAAGACGGCCGCCGCUCAGUGGGAACUGGUUGCCCAGCGCGAGUCCUUCCGCGCCACCUGGCACGCAUGGUGGGACGCCGAGCCCCAACGGUACGACUUCAUCCUGUGCCCGGCCAACGCGACCCCUGCUCUUCCUCAUACAGCGAUGCGCGAUGCCGUGUCCUCGUGCGGAUACACUUUCCUGUGGAACCUACUCGACUACUCCGCGGGCGUGUUGCCCGUGUCCCACGUCGACAGCAAGAAAGACGGUCUGAGCCUACCGUACAAGAAGGCGCUGAAGCAGCUAGGCAGCGACCACGCCCUUGCGCACGGAGCCUGGAAACACUAUGACGCGACGAAGAUGGCGGGCCUGCCGACAGCCGUGCAAGUUGUGGGACGCCGAUGGCAGGAAGAGAAAGUGUUGGGAUACAUGGGGGCGGUGGAGGAGGCGUUGGAACAGUAUUACGACGCGGAGACGGGCGAGGGAGGAAAAUACGCACUUCAGCCACGGUGGAUAAGUAUCCAUGGCCUUGGGAAGCCUCCGCAGUCUGAACGAGUCUUUCCGGCGUUAAGCUUCGCCCGACGCUGGCGAUCCCGACCGGCCAAGCGCGCGGGUCACGGGGCAGCCGCCGACGCCUCCGACGUCGUUCGCACCUUCCUCCUUCCUCUUCCUCUCUCGCUCCUGCCUCAUCUGCUCCGUCCCUUCGCCGUAUUCUAUACUCCCUCUCUUGAUGGGCGAUGCCCGGACAAGAAGCCUGAUAUGCCGCCGAACAAAGGUGCCGCCGGGCGCAAAAAAGAUGCGAUUCAUUUCGUCAAUGCCAGACCCUCCUCCGACAACGAGCGAGCCCGCAUCCGCCGCCUCGUUCGCGCUCAUGUGGGACAAUGGAUCUCCGACCAGACGAAGGACCGAUCAGACGCCGCCGAGACUCAAUUGAAGGAACACCAUGAGAAAUCCGUCGAUCUCGACACGGAGGAGACUCUCUUUUACUCGUCUUCGCCGUCGGGCUCUUCGUCCCGCUCGCCGGAAUCCAACACCUCCAAUAGCACCUCGCUCGUUCGAUCCGUCGAUCAGAUUAACGCGCGCCAGACCACCCCGAAAGCUCGUGCUUGUCCCGUAUAUAGCGGUGCUAUUGCCGGCUCAUUCAAUGGAAAAUUCGAUCACAACCAAUUGGCCCGGGGAUCAUUCUCUAUGCACGACAGUCCUAGCCCGCCCCCGCCUGGAGACUAUGUGGAGACCUUUGGUGCCAACGUGCUAGACCCUUUCCACACCUCUCCUUCCAAAUAUGCGCCCGAUCUGGUCAGUGCAUGUGAGCAAUAUUGUCUGCGUGUCUUGUGGCCUGGACUAACGCCCGGCCACGGCAACGAUAAAUCCGGCGUACUAGCUAGUUCGAACUGGUUCCCUCUCUCUCUCAAUGACCCGACAUUGUUUACUGCGUUCCUUUUUGGCUCCCUUUCCCAUCAGAGAGUGCAGUGGAUCAACGGCUGGAUCCCGAAGGAAUCCUUUCGACAUCGGGACCAGCAGCUGCUUCAGCUGUGUGAGUUCGAGACCAUCAAAAUGAUCAACCAACAGGUCAGCAUUCCAGGUCGGGCGGUGUGCGAUGCCGUGAUUCUCAGCGUGAUCUGCAUGGCACACAAUGCAGCCGACGAGAACGACGAGCGCCGACAGAGGACGACUCCAUUCUGCGCGCCGAUGCGACGGUUGCAAUGGCUGGAUGUCUACGGGAGCCUCCCACCGAAUAUUGUCCACGUUGAAGGAUUGAUCCAAAUGGUCAAACUUCGCGGUGGCCUGGAGCAGAUCACUCUCCCCGGAUUGGCCCCGAUAUUAUCAUUUUCCGACAUCGUCACGGCCACCACAUAUCUGGUUCCGCCGGUCUUCUCGUACAUCCCCCUAAGUGACGAGCGAAGAAACAUGCCCCUGCAGACGUUAUUCUGCUACGACCUCAUCGAAGUGGAGCGGCAGUACGGUCACCUGCGGCAGCUUGGCCUCACGAAGGAGCUAUUGAACCUCCUCUAUGCCAUGCGGGUGUACAUGAACAAUGUGGAUGGAAUCGAGCAGAACACGAUCAAGGCUGACGAGGCUUUGCUCGCCGACCAGCGCAAUUUAAUUCAGCAUACCCUCCAGGCUCUGCCUCCGAUCACCCAGAUCGAAGGAUACCUGUCCUAUCCCGACCAGGGAAUUGCCCAGGAAGCGACUCGUCUCGCGGCACUCGUCUACAGUGUGGGCGUCGUUUUUCCUCUGCCCGCGCAGAGCUCGCCACUGGCCCAGUUAGCUCUGUACCUGAGGGGAACCAUUACCUCGUGGCAAUCCAGGUCUACCUGGACGCAUCCUCAAGCUCUCGUGUUGAUCUUAUGGGCUUUGACGCUGGGCGGAAUCGCCUCGGACAACCGGCCGGAACGAGAGUGGUUUGUGCAAGCCCUGGGGCAAACCUUGCGAGAACACCACAUUGCCACCUGGGCUGAGCUCCGCACUAUUCUUCGGAUGAUCCUGUGGCACGACGCGUCCUGCGAUCAAGCCGGUCGUGACCUAUUGGUCGAGGUGGAGAUGGCAUACAUUUCUUUCUGA